CAGAUCAAACCUCAAUAGUGCGUUUCCUCACAGUUCCAGCACCAGCGCAGAGAAACACAAGCUGACCAACCAAAGACUGCUUUAUUGCGGGGAACUUUCUCUUUCCACUUUCUCUGGUGGGACUGUAACUUUUCAGCUCGGUUCCAUCGUCGCGUCGCAAUGAGUGUGAGCGUGACCACGGAUAACGUCUUUCUGUCGGCUUUGCAGCCCAACUCGACCGUCAGUACUUACGCGGUUCCGUCCGAAAACGAGCUCGCGCACGGCGGCUCUCACGCAAAGGAUGAGGCGAGGUUUAAGCGCGUGCACCAGCAGGUGACCAUGAGACUGAGGGAGAAGUCCACGCUCCCGCGCCAGAACGGAUCCUCGACACAAUACGCAGCCUCAGAGUCUGGGGAUUAUUCUACCAUGACAAAGUUUUCAACAAUGAGCCAAAACUUCACCCCAAAUUUCAGCUCUAAAUCCAUUUCCUCCGGCAGACCAAUGGUGGCGCAGCGUCCAUCCCAGUACUCUAGUGGUGGUUUCUCAUCUCGCUCUGCCAUUGAUUUUGCCCCAAGAACCAAAAUGAGUUACACAGCACGAGGAGGAGGCGGAGGCGGGACAUAUUACCAGGAUGAGGUGGUGGGCGGCGGUUUCCAAGCUGACGGUUUCCAAGCUGACGGUUACCAAGCUGACGGUUACCAAGGUGGCGGUUACCAAGGUGGCGGUUACCAAACUGCCGGAUACCAAGCUGGCGGUGGCCCAGUUCAACUGCAGCAGGUCGGCGCAAUGACUCGUUCCUUCAGCCGCAUGGGGGGCGACCCGGAGACGGUGUCGAUGCAUUCCAUGCGUUUGGCAUCCAUGCCACGCCAUGUUACUGCUUCUUGGGUGGGACAGGAUGACAGCGACGGCAGCGUAGUUUCUGACCGUGAUGCCGUUUUUACACAACAGCCUUCUGUGAACAACGGCUAUGCUGCCAAAACCUUCCCACGCUCGUCCAUGUACGCCACCUCUAGAGUGAACGGAUAUGAAAGCGGACAGCAGCAGGUCAGCUCCAUGACGCUACCGGCCAUGAAACGCUCCCUCAGCGGGACGCUCGCCUCUAGCGGCGGAGGAGGCAUGGAGCAGGAGGUCUACGUCAGCCGGCACUCCUACAAAGGCCCCGCCCACCGCACCAUCAGCCGAAUCAACAAUCGGCAAACGGUCCGCCAAACGGCCAAUGCCUCAUCAGCCAGCAUGUACGGAGGUCUUGCGGGAUUCAGUGGCUCCCAGGGCAACCUGGCGCUGGUGCAGCAGGGAAGGCUGUCGCGUGCCGGCUCCGUAAGGAGUAUGCAAAGUGUUGGGAGAGGCAAGGAUGUGUUUGAUGGCAUGGAUUUCACGGAAAGCAUGGGCAAUCUACAAGGACUUGACAGCUUGGACUUGCCUUCUGCCAUAAACAAUCUUGAUGACCCCGAUCCUGAAGUUCAGAUGUUGGGAGCUGCCUACAUCCAACACGAGUGUUACAGUAAUAGUGAAGCAAAGAAACAGGUGAACAUAUUGAAGGGAAUUCCUCGCCUGGUGGGUCUGUUCAACAGUGACAGCAUAGAAGUGCAGCGUUUCGCGACCGGCGCCACCAGGAACCUCAUCUAUGAGAACAUGGAUAACAAAGUGGGCCUUAUUGAAGCCGGCGGGAUCCCCAAACUCAUCCUGGCCCUAAAAGAAGACAAAGACGACGAACUCCACAAGAACAUCACAGGUAUUCUGUGGAAUCUUUCCUCUAAGGAUAACCUGAAACAAAGGUUGGCACAGGAAACUCUUCCCGAUUUGACGGAGACGAUUCUGAUUCCCCUCUCUGGCACUGGGGAACGGGAGAUCAUUGAGCUGUCCGCCUCAGAGUCCGACAUCUUUAACAACACCACUGGCUGUCUCAGGAACUUGAGCUCAGUGAAUGAGAAGACCAGACAACAGAUGAGAGAAACCAAAGGCCUUAUAGAUGCUCUGGUUGGCUAUAUUAAGAAAUGCCUGAUAGACUCUAAAGUGGAAGAGAAGGGUGUGGAGAACUCAGUGUGUGUGUUGAGGAAUCUGUCCUAUCAGCUGUACAGUGAGAUGCCCCCCUUGUCUCUGGCGCGGUUGGAGGGUCCAAGAAGAGCUGAGAGCUCUUCAAAAGGAGAACCUAUCGGCUGCUUCACCCCUAACAGCAAGAAGGCCAAAGACAGACAAAAUCAGGACCUCGGCACAUUUACAGAAGUGUCGCGGGAGCCCAAAGACAUUGAGUGGCUCUGGCACCCUAAUAUAGUGGAUCUGUACAAUCAGGUGCUUCAGGCCUGUGAGAACAACUCGACCACACGAGAGGCCGCGGCCGGAGCCCUGCAGAACAUCACUGCCGGAGACAAGAGGUGGGCGUCCAUCUUGAGUCGUGUGGCGUUAGAGCAGAAUAGGAUGUUGCCUGUCAUUCUGGAUCUCUUCAAGACCAACAAAGAUGCAGAGCUCCGUUCUCUCACCGGCUUCCUCAGGAACCUCACUCGCCAUGCCAAGGACAAGAACGAUAUGGCUUCUAAGGUGGUAAAUCUCUUGGUCAUCAAACUCCCCUCCGACGGUCAGCAGAAGGAACCGUCAAAUGACGUGGUGAUGAACAUCUGUGGAGCCCUCAACAACCUGGUGACCAGCAGCAUGGUGGCGGCACGGGACAUAGCCUACUUCGAUGGUCUGCCCAAACUGGUGGGCAUCAAGCUCACCCACGACAGCAGUCCUGCCAAACUGAAAGCUGCCAAAGCAGCGUCGACAGUGCUAAGCAACAUGUUCCAGUACAAGAAACUACACAAAGAUUACAGAAAUAAAGGAUACGGGAGAGAAAGCUUUUUAGACAUCUAAACCGACCAGAUUGUGACAUAGGAAGAUAUUUAAUAAGGACAAUGGAUAAAGAAAAUGCAUACUGCCGAAACACCUGCAACAUAUUUUGAAACAUGUGAAUGUGGAUAUCACAUUUAGUCUUUUCCCCCCUAAAAUCCUCAGGGAUUUAUUGCAAUAAUUGUCUUUUUUUUAUUAUUAUUAUACUGGCUGUUGCCUGUAUUUCUUUCUUUUUUUU